UCCGUAUCCAUUCUCAUUCUCUCUCUCAAUAUCUAAACAUGAGCAGACGAUUCAGGCGAGUUUUUUGUGCUCUAAAAGAGCGAAGCUCUGUGAGAUAUGCAAAAAUAGCCACAUUUGGAGGGUUUUGUGAUCUUGAUCUUAUUAUUAUCAAAGCAACUUCUCCUGAUGACUUGCCAUUGCCCGAAAAAUACAUUCAUCAGCUCUUGAAGAUCUUUUCAAUAUCUCCCACUUCGUUUCACACUUUUUCUCUUUGCUUCACUCGCCGUUUCGGUAGAACUCGUUGCUGGAAAGUUGCCCUCAAAUGCCUCCUCCUUCUCCAUCGCUUGCUUAGGUCCUUACCUGAGCAUAGUCCUUUUCGAGCUGAACUUUUAUGGGCUAGAUCAAACGGUUUGAUCGCUCUCUACCCAUGUCAAUUUCGCGAUAAUUCAUCGUCUAAUCCUGAAGAUUAUACCUUAUUUAUUAGGUCAUAUGCUCAGUUACUCGACGAAGCGCUUGCUUGCUUUUCCUUGGACAGAAAGGUAAAAGACGAGGAAGCCAAUUCCGAGGAAGAAGAAGUGAACAUGAUUAACAGCCUGUAUGAUCAAAUAAAAGAAGUGGGCAGGUUGCUUGAAGUUCUACCACAACUUCAGAGCCUAAUAGAUCGAGUGAUGGAUUGUAGGCCAACUGGAGCAGCUGCAAGAAGCUUCAUUGUGCAAUCUGCAAUGAAACAUAUUAUUCGGGAUAGUUUUCUUUGUUACUCCACAUUUAGAAGAGAAGUAGUCUUGGUUUUGGAUAACUUGAUACAAUUGCCAUAUAGGAGCUGUAUCUUGUCCUUCGGUAUUUACAAGAAAGCAGCAUCGCAAGCUGAGGAGCUAUGUAAAUUCUACGAAUGGUGCAGGGAAAAAGGGCUGUGUGGCUCUUAUGAAUACCCUUUUAUUGAGAGAAUUCCAGAUAUACAAAUUCGAGCUCUCGAGACUUUCUUGAAUGGCAUGUGGCAGCUAACGGAGUCAUCAUCAUCAUCCUCUGCUACUACACCAUCAUCAUGGGUUGGGACUAGCAAAUCAUUAAGUUCAAGUGAAGAUGAUGAAAAGGAGAAGCAACUUGUAACAAAAGAUAACUUAGCAGCAAGCAUUAAUUACAAGUGGGUGAAAUUUGAAGAAAAUCUUAAUGAGGAACAGGGAGAGAUGAUGGCACCAUUGGUUCAAUUAGAAGAAGAAGAAAAUGACAACUGGGAAGUGUUACUUGAUGCCUCACUGAACCUUUCUCGCUGUCCUUGUAACUAUAAUUUCUGCAAAUGCUAUAUUGGCCUUAGCAAUGCCUAUGAAGAUGGGCAUAGAGAAGAGGAUUUUGAGAAAGGAAAUAAAGAAAAAGAUAUCAAUCAAUGGCAAGUAGAGGUAUAUAUUCCUCCUGCUUUGAAUCCUUUUUGUCAGCCCAAUAAUUACAGGCAAAAUUGCAAUGGAUGGUGUGCAAGUGAUCCUCGUUAUCCAUGGGGAUUGUGAUCAAUGUUGGCUAAUUGAAUAUAUUUUAUUGCCGCAAGACCAGGGGAAUUAGCUGAUUCAGUUAAAAAAUAUCAACACCUAGGACAUGGAGGGAGAUUCAAUUCAUUUUGGUUGC